AUGAUUCUUUUAACUAUUUUAAUUGGGUUUGGUAGUGCUUUGAUGAUUAAAUAAACUCAUACCACUAGAGGUAUAAAUGUAAUAGAAAUUGAUUUGAACAAUUAUGACGAAUUUACUAUUGGUCAAUCAACUCUAGUAAUUAGUUUGACAUAUAACUCUAUUAUUUCGUACCCUAUACUUUCAUAUUGCUCUAUAACGAAUUUAAACAUUAUAAAAAGUAUAAUAAGCUCGAUAUCUCAAGUUAAAACUUAAAUAGAAUCAAAUAAGUAUAUUUGUAUUUUUGAUAACAAUGCUAUAUUAAAUUAAUAGAGCUAGCAAUAAAUCAUAUUAUAUGAUUAUAAUGAAGAGCAGUCUGAGUGGAUUUACAACAAAUUUAGUAUUUUUGGUAUUAAGGAAAGAAAAUUCUCAAUUUACAUUUUUUCAAGUGAAGACGCAGAAUAUUAAAUAACAAUUGCCGAUUAAGCGCCGUUAACGUGCUUUUCUAAUUGUAACAAUGUUGGGAUAUGCUCAUAAAGUCAACCUUCGUUUUGUGUAUGCAAUGGGAAUUUAUUUGGAACUAAUUGUUAAAUUUCAUCACUUCCCUACAAGGCAAAUGAAUAAUAAAUCGUAACUCUCGAAAGCCAAAAAGAGGUUUUAAUUUCAAUACCACUGAACUUGAAUAAUACGAAUUCAUUAGACAUAAACAUAAAUGCUAAUUAAAAAAUCGAUUGUUUUUUGGCAUGCCAAUUUGAGAAAGAUUACCUUCCAUUUCAUGAUAGUUAAUUUUAUGAUUUGAAUAAGAUAGAUAAUGGAAAGAUCCCAUACUCAAGUGAGAAAGUUUAGGAAUGUUUAAGUCUAUUUGAUGAAAUUAAUUAAGAACUAGGCUAAUAAAUGGCUCCACUACUUUUAUUAUUGUUUUAUAAUAAAUAAGCAACGAAUGUUUUAAUAACACUGAGUGUUGACACAAAAAAAAAUGAUCACUCAGAUGAUAGAGUUAUAUAUUACAUUCUUGCUGGUGCAUUUGCAUCCUUGAUAUUGGCUUUUGUAUUGAUAGGUUGCGCACUUAUUUACAAAAGGAGGAACAAUAAAUAAUUUGAGCAAUAUUCAUCAGAUCGAAGAAAUAGCACAGAAAAAUCACAAAAAGAGGGGAAAUUUCAUGAAAGAUAAUUCUCUGGAGAUUUUAUCCCUGUUGAAUUAUAUGAAUAAGUGAUACAAGAGUAUCCAGGAUUGAAUAUGAUCACAGAAUGUUAGAUCUGUUUAGUUGAAUUUGAUAAUCAGGAUUUAGUGAAACUGACUUAUUGUUUGCAUCUAUUUCAUUAAUCUUGUUUAGACGAAUGGAGAAAGAAAUUGUAGAUAUGUCCUGUUUGUAGAGGAGACUUGACCAAAUAAAAGUAUAAGGAGAGAUAAAAGGAUUAGGAAAUAUUUUAAUUUGGAGUAAUUGCUGGAGAUGACAUCUAAAUUGAUAAUAAAAAGAUAGAAGAAAUCAUCAAAAGGGAAUAGAGAAUUAAACAAUUACAACUUGCUCAAUCAUCCUCUGUAAUAAAUACUCUGAAAGAAAGUUCUCCAUCACCAUCAUCAGGAGAACCUUUGAAAUUAAAAUUUUAAUAAAAAUAAUAAAAGUGA